AUGCUGAAUAUCACGGAACAUAGGUCCAAAGCCCUGUUACCCUUGGGCAAUCUUCCUUUGUUUUGGUAUCCUUUACAUGUUCUAUCAGAAAACGGCAUCAAUAGUAAGUGGUUAAGAUGGUACUUUUGUAAUCUAUAUAUAGCCUAUAUUGAUAAAGUUGUACAGACAACAAUUGUCAGUUAUUUGUGUACAUCAAACCUAACUUUUGACUAUUUUCUAGAUGUUUUGCUAAUAGCCAACGAAGAUAACUGUGUUGACAUAAAGAGCUUGCUCGACUGUGGUUCUCUCCCACCUCUACCUGGAUUAGAUGUUGAAGUUGUAUCACCAGGACCUCAAGAAGAUGACUGGGGUACAGCUGAUGUUCUCAGACAUUUCGCCAAUAAAAUUACUGUAAGUUACUGUUUCUGUAAAUUAUUUUGAUUUUUAGAGUGACUUUAUCCUGAUGGGAUGUGAGUUCGUAUCUGACAUCAACUUGAGGAACAUGAUUGACUUCCACAGAACUCGGAAGUCAAUUAUGACAGUGUUAUUGUCCAACCAAGCCUGCAAUUCUGUUGCUCCUGGACCGAAGGAAAUGCAAAAAUGUGAGUAUGCCUGUCAUGGGAGAAUAGGUAUAAGAAAAGCCGUUUAAGUUGCCUAGAAUCUUAAUUUUUAAAAUAAAAGGACAUUUUAGAUAGAGAUUUUGUCGCCCUAUCAGCUUCUACUGGUCAGUUAGUGUACCUUCAAUCAGAGGAAGAUCUUGAAAGUGAAACCAUCGACUUGGACCCUCAAGUAAUAAACAGGCUACAUAAUGUAGAAUUAUCGUGUAAUUACGUUGACUGUCAUGUGUACAUUAUGGACAAACGGAUUUUACAUGUUUUGGAAUGGGAACGGUAAUUUGUGAUCUUUUGUUUAUUGUCUUUAUGACGUUAACUGUGGUCUCUUAUUAACUAUGACAUACGUUACUUCACUUCCUUUCUGAUCAGCUACAAAUUUUAGUGACAUUACUAUGGUCAAAGCGGAUCUGAUUCCGUUCUUGGUAGAGAAACAGUACGAUCCUGAUGAAUUGAUGCGUCUUUUCCAGAAUCCUCAACUGGUCGACCACGCCUUUGAAUUGAGGAGAGGAAUCGACGAAGAUCCUUCAUCUGGGUUCCAACUGUAUGGCUACAAGGCUACACGUGAUGUUGUUUCUGUAGUUGCACGAUGUAACACAUUGGGCGCUUACAUUGAAGCGAACAAGUGUGUGUUAGAACAGAAUCCUCCAUUUAUACCUGAAUUCAAACAAGAACAAUUCCCUGGCAACAAGGUUAAUGUGAUCAAGAGUAGACUUGGUAAAGGAACACAAGUUGGCCUCGAGAAUCUGAAGAUCGUCAAGUCGAGUGUGGGAGAGAAUUGUCUCGUCUCGAACAAUGCAAAGAUCGAGGAGUCCGUUAUCUACAACAAUGUCAAGAUUGGUAAUGGAGCUAGUGUCAAACGGUGUAUCAUAUCGGAAGGCGCAGUGAUUGGAGACAACUGUACUUUGGAAGGUUGUAUUGUAGAUAAGGAUCAUGUUCUUGAACCCAAAAGUGAGUUAUUCUUGUUUCAAGGUUGUUUCUCAUGAAAGUCUGUCUAAAAAGUUUUUUAUUUAAAUAAGAAUUUUUAAACAGCGAAUCUUAAAAAACGUACACUAACGUUGUGUUUCAGGGAAAGUGGUCCGUGAUUUCGUGCGGACAGAAGUGGAAAUGAACAUAGAAGAUUAUUAA